AACUUUUGAAGAAUCUCUGUAGUGGUUGGGUCUCCGGACCUUUCUUCCAUUCACAACCUUCAAUCCCCACAACAAGACUUCCUUGCAGAGAAGCUUCACCAUCCUUUCAAAUUCAAACCAAACCAAGCCUUCAUCCAAAGUCUCAGUCCUUUCUGGCUUUCCUCUUUCUUCUAUCAUGGUGCAAAGAAAAGCACCAAACAAGCUCGAGUCUGUAACAGAACCAAAGAAGAACCAUGUUCUAUCAGAGAAGCGCCUGUCCUCUCAUCACCAACAUGAUACAAGGAACAAGGCAGGAGGUGAUCUCAAGAAGAUAAUGAAGAAGUCCAGAUCCAUCAAAGCCUCAGAAUUGGAGAGCCUCACAGCAUCUCCAUUUGGAAGCAGAAAGAUUCAACUAAAUAAGCCUCCGCCGCGCCUGAAGCCGUCUGCCAUGAAAACAUCAAAUGGAUCACCAAAUUAUAUGAAGCCUACAAGCAGUUCAGAUGCGAGGAAGGAGCGGUUGCAGGUAACUAUCCAUUCCCCAGCUGUGAAUGAUAAGAGCAAAAGCCCAGAGAACUCAAACAAGUCGAAUUACUCAAAACCGCCAUCUCCUCCUCCUGUUAAUACUGGUACCAAACCUGCAAAGACCUUAGCAAGGAAAUCUAGUCUGAGACCGAAAAGGCCUUCAAUGAAGAAGAGCUCAGGGAUGGUUCUCUAUCCCAAGAAAACUGUGAGCAGGGCCACCUGCUCGUCAACUUUGAAGGAUUCAAAGUUUCCAAAGGUUUUGAACCUCAAUCCCGGAGGUACCGAAUCGGAAGGGACUUCAAUCAUGAAGGUCUGCCCUUACACCUACUGCUCUCUGAACGGUCAUAUGCACAAGUCUUUGCCUCCGCUGAAGCAUUUCUUGUCGGCAAGGAGGCGAUUGCUUAAGACCCAGAAGAGCAUGAAGCUGAAAGGGCGCUCUUCAUUUAGAAAAAGAAGUUUAAGGAAGGGCAGAGGGGCAGAGAGAAUCAAUGUUAGUAGCGCUCCAUCAGAGUUAAAGAUCACUCCACUAAUAGAAGAGGCUGGCAAUGAUUUCUUUGUCGAUAUCUAUGCUAGACCUAAAGAACCAAUCAGAGAAGUGCUGUUGUAUUGUGAUGAAAGAAGAAUUCAGGAUGACUUUAGCAAAGAGAUUGCUGAAAUUCUCAAUAAUUUAUCAUCGAUCGAAGAUGACUGGGACCGGGAGAGCACUGAACUCGAAGCUGAAGAAGGUGAUGUAAGAAUCAGAACAAAUCAAAUACCUGAGAUAUAUUCGGAGAUUAGCUUUGGAGGUGGUCUAGAUCAGGAUGGUGAAUCGGUCGAGGAAAUGGAUGCUAUUAUGAGUUUCAUUGAUUCUGCGGAAUGUAAUCAGCAAGCAGAAGCCAAGGAAGAAACCUCGUCCCGUUUUCUGUUGGAAGAUUAUGAAGAAUGGGGUUUUGAAUGCUGCAUGGUUAAUGAUUUUGAAAACAGAAAUGGAGGCCUUACAGGGAGUGGUGAAAAUAUUUCGACAACCAAAAGUACUGGUAUGGGUUCUGAAGAGGAAGGAGGAAAAUUCCCUGACAAUAAGACCGAUAAACCUGAGUAUCUCUGUGAUGGAUUUGGCCCCUUAACAAGGAAUGAGAAUAAAGAUGAUGAGUUUUUGAUGGAGCCAGCAGAUACUUCAAUCACAAGUGAAGAAGGAAAAGUUGCUGAGAAAUGUGAUGCUGCAGCAUCUGAAGGUGGUGCUUUAGAAGGUAAUUUCGAUGAUGAAACAUGGAACAUGCCUCAUAAUCCAAUCAAUAAUGAACUCGCUGAUCUUUUAGAGCAACAAGAGUCAUCAGAAGAAAAUUGUUUGGGUGAUGGCUUGCUUAUGAGCAAUAACAACAUUUGUGACUCAGAAGAAUGCAGCAUUCAAGAUUCAGAGAUUUUCCAAGGCCAGCCCCUUCAUGCGCAGAACAUAGAUGUUAUCCCUAUUCUUGGCUGUGACACAUCUGAACAAGAGGAUUUUCUCAACACAGACAUCAAAGAAGAGAGAAAUGGAAAUGAAAUGCAGUGUUUUGAUAAUCUUCAGGGAGUUAGUGUGACAGAUCAGCAUAGCAUGGAAACUGAUCGUGUCCAAUCAGAAUUGGAGAUCAAAGAAUCCAGACUUCUUGAUGCAACUGAAGAUUCAAGUGUUCCUCCUAAGAUUGGUGAAAGCUUUAUCUUUAAAGAUCAAUCAGAUGAGAGCAAUUUGAGGGGGACCGAGGAGCAAGAAGAACGAUGGCAAGAGGAAAAUUGCAUCCAUGAUGUAUUGCAAAUUAAGGAUGCAGUCAGAUUUGAUGUAGAUGAUAAUAGCCCUGAAACAGAGAGCUCUAACCAACCAUUUCCUGAGGCCAGCAGGAAGCGGAAAGAUAGAUACAGAUACAGCCCCAUGAGAAGGAGAACAUCGAAGGAUUUGGAAGCAAUGAAACAAUUUAAUCCACGGGCACCACGGUUUCUUCCAAUAGGACCGGACCCAGAAGCUGAAAAAGUUGAUCUCAGGCAUCAAAUGAUGGACGAGAGGAAAAAUGCAGAGUCAUGGAUGAUAGAUUCUGCACUCCAACAGCUAGUCACCAGACUCGCUCCUGCUCGGAAGAGGAAGGUAGCACUGCUCGUUGAGGCUUUUGAGACUGUUAUGCCACUGCCAAUGUGUGAAUCACCCUUGCAGAGUCCGACAUCAGCCUUUGCUAUACAAGCUUGCAGCUAAUCAAGUUCGAGUUCUUGUCUUGCAGUUAAAGAAAGAUUAAAAGUAUACAAUUGGGAAGUUACUGCAUUAUACUCCAAGGAAGCAAGUUCAGUAAUUAAGUUAUUCAUAAUGCAGGUAGCAUUAAGGCAGCAGAAGAAUGUCAUCAUCGGGGCGGUACCGUGCUCAAGUUUUACCCUUUUUUUUGUUCUCCUACUUUGCAUGUGUGAAAUUAAUAAGGUCUGUUGUUUGUGAUUAACAAAGUUUUGUAUUUGGUUUCUCUAUCGUCUGUCAUUGUAAAGGUACCAUGGAAGUCCAGACAAUUGAUUUUAUUUUAUCAAUUAUAUGAAGUUAUGAAUUCCUAUGGC